AUGUCUGUACUUGUGCAAACAUAUUACGAAGCACAAAUCGUAGAUAUGUUGUAUAUGAGUGGACGACAAUUGGUUAUUAAAUCAUUCCUCUUAAAAUUAGGAUAUGUAGAUUCAAUAUGCGGGAUUGCGGUAAUAAAAACGCACCCAAAGGAAAAUGGGAGCAUGAAAUGGAUUCCAACAAAUGUAAACAUAGAUGGCCACGUAAUUAUACCGGAACUUAAUCCUAAAAUCGAAUCACCCGAAAAGUUCGUCGAAGAUUACAUCUCCAACCUUAGUAGAUUACAUAUUGAAAACACGAAACCCUUGUGGGAUCUCCAUAUCCUAAAUAUUAAGACAUCAGAAGCUGAAGGCACGUGUGUCUUCCGUUUCCAUCACUCCCUUGGUGAUGGAAUGUCCUUGAUGAAUCUCCUACUUGCUUGUACACGUAAAGUCUCCGAUCCGGAGGCUCUACCGACCCUUCCAGGGAAUAAUAACAAGUCGGGUGUGGCUAAAGUUGCUAGCAUUUGGUCAAGACUUGGUGUCCUUCGGAACUCUUUUGUUGCUCUUUUGAUGUUUGUGUUGACUGCACUGUUCCUACAAGACACAAAAACACCAAUGAAAGGCUCAAAAGGUGUAGAACAUUGGGCUAGACGAUUCAUUGUUAGAAGUGUAAGCCUUGAUGACAUUUAGUUGGUUAAAAGAGCAAUGAAUGUGACGUUGAACGAUGUAGUACUUGGAGUCACACAUGCUGGAUUCUAUCGCUACCUACGUGGGAGAUAUAGUAAAUUCAUUUUUAACUAUGAUAUCACAGGUGAAACAGAUGAUAAAAGAGCUGAUGUUCCCGAUAAUAUGCGCUUUCGUGCAACCUUUUUCUUCAACCUUCGAGCCGCUACGAGGAUCAAUGUGAGUAUGCAGCCAUGCAUGUGUCCUGGCGAUGCAUUUGGAACAUGGGGAAACAAGAUAGGCUAUUCAUUACUUCCAUUCGACAUCCGAUUCAAAAAAGAUCCAUUAGAUUACGUUCGAGAUGCGAAUUCCAUAGUAAAACAGAAGAAGGCUUCUUUGGAGCCUUUGUUCACUUACUUCUUUACUAAGUUAUUCAUAAUGUUGUUUGGCAUAAAGGCUGCAGGUAAAUUGAAUCACAAAGUUUUCUACAACACAACACUGUGGUUCUCUAAUGUUCCUGGACCACAAGAAAAAAUCACUUUUUUUGGACAUGAAGUAGAAUACAUUGCUCCCAGUUGUUAUGGCCAACCAAAUGCACUCAUGAUUCAUGUGGUGAGUUACACGGACAAAGUAAUCUUUGUCAUAUCAGCUGAUGAAGAAACCAUACCGGACCCUCACAAGCUUUGCGAUGAUCUUGAAGAAUCCCUUCGCGACAUCAAAGCGUCUGCUCACUCGCAAAUGGUUAAAUAAAUAAGUAGUGUUUUAUCUAUGGAUGCAUAUGUAUGUAUUAGUGUGUCAUAAAUGAAAUAAACAUUGAUCCAUGAUCAAUAUACUUGUAAUCUUAAGUUAU